AUUCCACCACCACGUUACAAUUUUCUGCACUAGACGCUCCAGUUGUAUCAAGGCAUUGAUCUUUAGUUGACAUGUUUUUCUUUUUUGGGCAUUUUCGACAGGAGAAACGUUUGCUCUCGGAGGUCAUUCCCAAUAUUGCCAUACUAGAAAGUGUGGCGAAAUGUCGUGAAAUUUAUUCACUAUUCGUCGUCUACAGUUUGUUUUAAUAUUUUUGGACUUACUCAAACAUGCCUUUUGUUGAGCCUCAAAUUGGUCAUCAUCCCGCCGUCAAAGAUGUUGAUCCGGCUGGACUUGCUAAUGGAAGGGGACUGAAUUCAAGCACCAAAGGCCUGAGUAUACCCGACAGGGUAGCACUCCUCUACUACAAACAUGGCCUUCUGUGUUCUAGCUACCCCUGGUGCACAAUCAUAGUGGCAAUUAUUAUUGUUCUCACUUCGUGUCAUCCUUUAUUGUCCUUGCCUUUUCCAGGCAAUGAACCAGAGGAGAUAUCUUUCCCGCUUCCAGAGAAAAGAAUCUCUUCUGAUCUUGAAUUUGGAAAAAGCUUUCAGUAUCCAACCAGAUGGGGAACUCAGCAACCAUCUUUUUUCAUACAACAAAUAGUUGUACGGUCCUCUGUCAAUCCAUGGACGUCUGAUUUGGGCAUGAUGGAUGCUUUUCGAGGCCCAUUGAGUGAAGUCUUCAAGCUGCAUUCUGAUAUAGUGGGCUUCCAUUCACCUAGGAGUAACCUGACUCUUAGAGAUGUUUGCCUUCACGUGGAGAGUGUGGCCCCCAGAGCUCGUUCGUUUCAACAUCUUCUACCCGAAUUCAGCUGCAUCAUUUUGUCGCCGGCCAAUUUGUGGAAGCUGGACGAAAAUACCUUCCGCAACGACGCUCAGUUCUUAGACACCAUAUUUUCUUUCAAGAACCCAGUGGUAGAAGUGCGAUCAAGUAUGGCCGACAUACUUUACGGCGUCCCGCUCAAAAUUAGUGGAUUGAAAAAAUUCCCAGUCAAGACUCGUUCUCGCGUCCUUACGUACGCUAUCACAAUCUUACUUAAAACUCAUUCUGAACCGUUUCUUUUUGACUUGCGGUUAAAGCUCCGCAAUCAAUUUCCUCUCCACUCCACCACUCAAGAAUCCACAUCAUCUCGACGCACCAUCGUUCACAUUUACUAUCCCGAACGUUUCAAUUAUUUGGAGCUCAUCCCACUGACUUUUGUCUACUUAAUCCUGUUCCUGUACAUUUACUUCUCUGUUCGCAAGAUCGAAAUGGUCAAAUCCAAGUUUGGCAUGGCUUUCAGCGCCGUAGUGACAGUGGUAGCAUCGCUGGGCAUGUCGGUCGGCCUGUGCACGUGGUUCGGAUUGCGCUUCACUCUUCAGGGACGAGACAUUUUCCCUUAUUUGGUGGUGAUCGUUGGUCUGGAGAACAUCUUAGUUUUGACUCGCUCUGUUGUUUCUACUCCAGCCAAUUUGGACGUCAAGAUCCGUGUAGCACAGGGACUUAGUCGUGAAGGAUGGAACAUAACCAAAAAUUUGUUAACAGAAGUGACUAUUUUGACGGUGGGCUUCUUCACCUUCGUGCCGGCCAUUCAAGAAUUUUGCCUCUUCGCCGUCGUCGCCCUUCUCUCCGAUUUCGUUCUGCAAAUGCUGUUCUUCUCCACCGUCCUGUCCAUCGACAUAUUGCGCAAAGAGUUGUCGGAAAUUCAGCGCCAACGACGGCAGCUUCAACCUGGUCAGCAGUACCUGUCGACCAACCACACCGUCCAUACUCUCAGUUCAGCAGAAAGGGCAUUUGCGGGAAAUGCUGUUCAUCCCCACUUGCGCACCCGAGUCCACUCAGCAGCUGUUUCAGCCAAAAAUACCCCAACGGCCGUCGUAGCACCUUCCUCCUACACGCACAAUCGAUCAGCUGCGGCCAGAGUACCACGUCGGAUAAGGAUUGUUCACUUUUGGGCUCGCACGCGUUUGUUUCAGCGUACCUUUAUGGUGGGUGUGGUCAUAUGGAUGAGCAUUUUCUUUUACAAAUACGUAGUGAUGGAAAAUUUGGCUGAUCAAUCGGCCGGAUGGCCUGUUGAAGCCAACGAUUCUUCACAGGUUGAAUUUCCAGCACCACAUCCUAAUCUCAAAGUUUCGUGUUCUGCCGGAUCCAACUGUAUUGAACCGGAAGAACCAGAUCUUUUGAAAGAAUCAACGAUUCUAGCCAAUUCGGCCCCACCAGAACCAUCAGUUACGUCAUCCAGCGGCAAAGAAGUAAUCGAUUGGCAGAAUCGGUUACAACAUCCCAAAAACGUCGAGCUCUGGAGGAGGCUCUCUUAUCGCCACUGGCCCGACCUGCUGGACAUUUACAAUAUCUCGUUGGCCGGAAAGUGCAUAGCCAUGUUGCCUCCGAUUCGAAUCUCUAUCCCAGUCAACCCAGAACGAGUGUCAGAAGUGCGCAACAGUCGCGAUGGCGAGUACCUGACGCGAUCGCGAUGGAAAUCUCUGGCAUCAGCUCUCGAUACGCUUGAUGUUCUUGACGGUGACGAUAGUGAUUUCGGCCUGUCCGGAAGCCACGGCGACGGAAGUAUUGGCGGCGGAUCAGGCGGAAACGGCGGCUCCGAUGAAGACAACAAGACCCCCUACGUUCCUUCGUCGCCCAUUCAAAUUAUUCUGACCACUUUAUUAGCCAUACCGAGCGUGGUGUUUAUCGCCUACGUGACUGUCGUGUUAUAUCGUUGUAUCUGCUCUCGGCAUUACGCCGAAUGGAGGAGUUCUUCGACUUUCUGGGGCUGGGCCGGCAAUGCUGGUGGUGGGUUGACGCAAGAGUCUCGCGAAUACUAUUCACAGAUAGUAGCAGAAUCUAUGCCUCUCGUUCUCGACGGUCAUCGUUCGCCCAUCGAAUGCAUAUCCACCGAUGGAGAUGUCGUGUCGAGUGUCUGCUUGGCCGGCCAGCUCCACAUUUGGGACAUCCAGACGGGAGAUGCCGUUGCUCAAAUUGAUAGAAACACUUAUUUCGCCGCUUUUCAGCAACAAACGUCGCCGGCCUCUCCCAAUUUUCCACGCCACGAUACUUACUCAUCCACUAACGAACUAGGCGGACUGUUGAGUCACGCCGUUUCUAAUCCGAUUGUAUUUAGAUCCCCGGGCUCGUUUCAUUCUCCUCCGGCCAGCCCUAACAACCUGUCUUGGAAAGACAGAACUAGUCCAACGAGAAAUAAUAAAACGUCUUACUUUCCAUCGCCCGUCUGGUGCAUGCAAUGCUUCGAUGGCCAAGUGGCACUGGGCUGUGCCAACGGACGCAUUGAAAUUUGGAGCCAUAAUUCCGGUUUGCGUUGUCUUUACGACGACGGCAGUGGUGUCGGAGUGGCCAAACUCAAAGUUUGUGGCGAGUAUCUUCUAGCUGCCCGAUUGAAUGGAGUCCUGGAGUCGUUCCAGUUUCACGCCGAUUUCGACAGUCCUGUGGAAGAAGUCAGCCACCACGUUCAUUCUCGUCGUGGCGCCGACGAGUACGACGAAGAGGACCGAUCAUCUCCAUUAGCUUUCCGUUUGGUCCGGCUCAACUGGGCUAGAGCUCACCAACAGCCCAUCUCAGUUCUGGACGCUUCGGCUAGUGGCAGCCGCGUCGUUACGGGUUCGCUGGAUCAUUGCCUCAAAGUCUGGCGACUGGAAACCUUGACAGCCCUCUACUGUCUGCACGGGCAUCGCGGACCCAUCACGGCCAUGUUUAUCGACGAAGCUUACCCCUGCAGCGCAUCGGGAAGCGGAAGUCAAGACGGAAUGCUGUGCAUGUGGGAUCUCUCCAGCGGGACUUGCGUCUACAGUUUGCAGGCUCAUGACGGUAGCGUGUCCGUCCUGACUUACACCUCCUCGUACGUCAUCAGCUUGGGCGCCGAUGACAAGCUGUGCGUUUGGGAGCGAUUUCAGGGUCAUCUGCUCAAUUCUCUUUCCUUGUCCCGUCUGGCUCUGUGCGGCAGUUUAGCUAUGCUCAAUGAUCGGUUGCUUGUCACCAGUCGGCAAGGAUCCCUGGUCGUCUGGGAUGUCCGAACGGGAGAAUCGAUCCGUGAAGUUCGUCUUGGCGAUGCCGACUCGAGUACUUUUGUUCGUAACGUCAUGGUCGUCAGAGACAACGUCAUCUGUGACUACGGAACGCAGCUUCGCAUCGUUUCUUUCCCCAUGAUUUCCACCCACAAAGUCGAGUAAAUUAUUGUGAAAAAUUGUUAGUUUUUUUUUGUCUUUUUCCUUCCCUUUUUCCCCGUUUUUCUUCAGUCUUUUUCAUUGUCUUUAUCAGAUUCUCUUUUUUCUUUUACUUUAGCGUGUCACAUGUGAUUGGGUUUGUGGAUGACAACAUAGAGGCUAUUGAAUUCUACAACAAAACAUACCAAAACUGUUGUCGAUUGAAUAAACCGACUUUUUUUCAUUGGAA